AUGGAUGAUAGAGUUCCGCUUAGAGUAUAUUAUUUUGGUAAGAUUUUAUUACAAACAUCUGAAGGAGUGAGAUUUAGUUGCGAGAAUCCGUUAGAUAUUGUUAUUCCAUUCAUAAUCUCAUUUGAAGAGCUAAAAUGUGUGAUUUGUGAGAAGAUAGAUUUUGGGAUAUCAAGAAAAAUAUCAUGUAUUUUGUACAAAUAUCCCGUACCGGUAUUUGGUGGGUUCGUGCAGUAUCAAACCAAAUAUGUAACCGACGAAGCGAGUAUGCAAGAGAUGUUUUCAAUGUAUAUUGAAACUCGCGCUCUAAUAUCGGUCAUCGAGUUGUACGUUGAAUUAGAACAAUCUGAAGCCGACCGAAAUAUUGGACGGAAAGAUUACAAUAGUGACAAUGAGGAAGAGUUUGAAAGCAAUUACGAAGUUGUUGCUCCAGACGAAGAGAAUGUCAAGGUGACGGGGCGAUGGCUCCGAAUGUGGCAAACGUUGCAAAUGCACUUGCAAACGAACAUCCGUUUGAGGAGCCGUCUUUCAUGCGGAAUUCCUAUGGUCGCAGAUGGUGAAUUUGCAGUCGGAAUGGAAUUCAGUUCUAGGGAAGUUAUUAUUAUGGCGAUGAAAGAUUAUACCAUCCGAAGAGGCGUAGACUACCGUGUGUAUGAGUCGGAGCCUUUGACCUUUUAUGCCAAGUGUACACAGUAUGGAUCAGGGUGUAAUUGGCUUAUCAGUGUUAGCAUGAUCAGCAGAAAGUACUGUUGGGUUAUAAGGAGGUACAACGGUAGUCACACUUGUACUAGAGCCACUAUUUCUCAGGAUCAUUCGAAGCUGGAUUCGAACUCAAUUGCAGAAGCAAUAAAGCCGUUGGUUGAGGCUGACCCCUCGAUAAAGGUGAAAUCAGUUAUUGCGGAAGUGCAGUCGAAGUUCAAUUACACCAUCAGCUAUCGGAAAGCAUGGUUGGCUAAGCAAAAAGCAGUGGAAAAAAUAUUUGGAGGUUGGGAAGCAUCAUACGAAGCUUUGCCUAUAUGGUUUGAGGCCAUGUGUCAUAAGGAGCCAUCAACAGUUGUCCAUUUUGAGACAAUACCUGCAUAUCAAGUUUCACAGGAUGGUAACAAUAAUAUCGUCCCAAUUGCAUUUACAAUUGUGGAGGGCGAGGCUUCUGAUGCAUGGCACAUUUUUCUUAGUAACCUGCGACAACAUGUUGUGACUCGGGAUGGUGUGGGACUGAUUUAUGACCGACACGAAUCCAUCAAUGCAGUUGUGGCCCGGAGUAACGGAGCUUGGUCGUCUCUGAGAGCUUUCCACAUGUUUUGCAUCAGGCAUCUAGAGUCGAAUUUUUUGAGAAAGUUCAAGGCACCGUACCUACAAAAACUUGUAGUCAAUAUAGGAUAUUCGAGGACGGUUCGCGAGUAUGAAAUGCGCUACCAGCAUUUACGAGAACGGGGUGAGGCUUACACUAACUGGUUAAACCGAAUCCCCCGCGAACAAUAUGCGUUGGCGGCAUUCGAUGGUGGCUACCAAUGGGGUCACAUGACCACAAACCUAGUGGAAUGCAUCAACUCAGUGUUGAAGGAUGCACGCAAUUUCCCUAUCACUGCACUUGUCAAAGCAAUGUUCUACAGGUUUAACGAGUUAUUCACCAGAAAAAGAGCCGAGGCGGAGUCGCGGAUAACAGCUGGACAUGUUUUUUCUGAGGUUGUGACCGCAAAAUUGCAUGCAAAUCAACUUGCAUCAGGAAACAUCCAGGUUAAUUGCUUCGACAGGAUGAAUGUGGUCUUUGAAGUUCGUGAGAUGCCAAGUGGAACGGAGUAUGCCGUCGACCUCCGUCGACAACGGUGUGACUAUGGUGAGUUUCAGGUGGAUCGAAUUCCUUGA